UAGUGAACUUUUGUGGUCAAUGACACAUGAAUUAUUUAUUGAGAUCUCCAAGAACAGAGGCAUUCCGUCCUUGACUCGGUGUCAAGUUGUUUAGGAACUUUUAGUACAGAAUUUGAAGAAGUUAUAUCAUAAUGAAUUCUUAGUGCAUUGUACACAUCUUAUACAGUCCUGUAGAUCUCCUCACUGGUGUAUUGUCGUGUUCCUGAACUGCCGUGUCACACUCGUUGUAGUAGUUAUAUAUGUACAGCUAUUUUGUCUGCCAUAUCAACAAAUGAACAUGUGAGUGCGCUUGAUGUCCUGUGGCAGGCUUUAUGUGGGCCCAAUGUUGAUGGUAUUGGUGGCGCACCCAGACGAUGUGCAGCACAUCCUGCUGACGUCAAAGCUGGUAGACCGUGGCACCAUCUGCACCAAUGCCAUGCGGAUGUUCGGCGGCGACGGGUUAGUCACCAUCGAUGCCAGCCGGUGGAAGGUGCACCGAAAACUCAUAAACCCGACGUUCCACUCUGAGAUUCUGAAGGGAUUUCUGGAGGCUUUCCACGAUGGUGGUCUCUUCGUGUGCGAGCGGCUCGCCAGGACCAGAGGUGCAGCUACUGAGGUUCACCCUCCAGUGUUGCUGGCAGCCAUCCGCAACUUCAGCAGCACGAUCAUCGGCAUGAACCCUGACCUUCUCAUGCCAGACGGCUUGGCAGAGGAGGAGCUCUCUGCUACAAUGAACUAUGGUGUGAGCCUUGUGCAGAAGAUGGUAUUCCGGCCAUGGAUGCAGAGCAAGUUCCUUCUGCAGCUGACCUCCAAAGGACGUGGUCUGCUCAGGUUCGUGAAACUGCUGCACAACUGUGCGCUGAAGUCCAUCGCCAUCAGGUCGGCAGCCACAGAGGACGGACCUACCAUGACACGCCAGCGCCUGCUGGAAGCUCUGAUCAAGCCAGGCGGGCAGACUGCGAUACCACUCGACGAGGUUCUGGGCGAA